AUGCUGGUGACUCACCUGGUCGCGCUGGCCACGAUCGCCAUUGUGGAUGGCACGCGGGUGUCCAUUCAGGGGAACCUGGCCGCGGCCAAGGAGCAGGAGCAUCCGGUCUCGCAGUUCCUUGAGGAGUAUCUGAAACAAAACCAGGCCCGGCAGAACGAACGGAUAUUGUCGUUUCUGGCCUCGCUGCCGCUGCAGGAGGAGCAGCUUGCGAAAACGAAGGAGUUCUUGCAGACCUUGCUGCAGGACGAGGAUGUGGAAGCGACAGGGGAACUCAUCGCGGAGACGAGCGUGCCUACUACGUCCACCACAUCCAUCACCACCACGAGGGGGCAGCCUCCGGCCAUCACCUUGCAAAACGCUGCCUCAAAAGGCGACGUGGCGGCCCUCGCGCAGCACCUCAAGGCUGGGUCCGAUUUGAAUGCAAUAUUCGACGAGUACGGAAACACAGCGGCGCACCUUGCCGCGCGUUGGGGCCACGCGGCAGUGCUGAAGUUCCUCCAGGAGGCAGGUGCCAACCUGAACGUGACAGACAACCGUGGUGCCACGCCGGCCUUCUUGGCAGCCAUGCAGGGGAGAGCAGAGGCGCUUGAAGUACUCGUCAAGGCGGGAGCGGACCUGGAGGCCAGGGAGUACGCUGGCCAGACCCCGGCCCACAGCGCCGCACACUUCGGCCACGUGGACGCGCUGCGCGUACUGAUCGAGGCCGGUGUCGACCUCAACGCCAAGGACAACUGGGGAAACACGCCGGCCGACGAAGCUUUUAAUGAAUCCCGUGGACCGGCGCUGAUGCUGAUCCUCAAGGCCGGGGGCAAACGCGCCAAAGCCUGA